CAGUCAUCGAUUUGCGGUAGGGAAGGAACGUAUGUGUCUCAAGCCAGGAUCCAAGAAGCUCACGUGGGCGGCGGUCCGUGAACACAACAAGGCGGACGAUGCGUGGAUCGUGAUCCACCACAAGGUCUACGACAUCUCCCACUUCGACACGCACCCCGGUGGGGCGGUCAUGUUUACGCAGGCGGGGGAGGACGCGACGGACGCAUUUGCCGUGUUCCAUCCGUCGUCAGCCCUCAAGUUGCUCGAACAGUACUACAUCGGUGACGUGGACGAGUCGACGCAAAUUGUGGACCCGACCUUGACGGAGGAAGCGAAGAAGACGCAGAACGAGUUUGUUGCCGCAUACCGCAAGCUUCGACUUGACGUGAAGCGCUUGGGACUGUACAACGCCAGCAAGGGUUACUACUUGUGGAAGACACUAUCCACGUUGAGCAUUGGUCUCCUCUCGGCGUUCAUCUGCUUCAACACGACCAGCACGGCCGUGAUCAUGGUCGCGGCGGUGAUCCUCGGUCUCUUCUACCAGCAAUGUGGGUGGUUGGCGCACGACUACGGCCACCAGCAAGUGUUUGACAACCACACGUUGAACGACCUGUGCAUCGUAAUGGUGGGCAACUUGUGGCAAGGGUUCUCAUGCCAGUGGUGGAAGAACAAGCACAACACCCAUCAUGCCAUCCCUAACUUGCACACGGACCCUGUCGACGGAUACCACGGCGACCCCGACAUUGACACGAUGCCGGUGUUGGCGUGGUCGCUCAAGAUGGCCAAGGAGGUGGAAAAGGGGUCGUGGGGGCCCUUCUUCAUCAAACACCAAGCGGCGUUGUACUUUCCCAUCCUCUUGUUCGCGCGCGUGAGUUGGGUGUUCCAGUCGUACCUGUAUGCGUUCCGCAGCAUCGGACCGGGCGGCACGUUUGACCCGCUCCAGUACCCCGUGCUCGAACGCAGUGGGUUGGUGCUGUACUACACAUGGAACGUGGCGUUGGUGUACUUUUCGGGCAUGUCCUUCGUCCAAGCGAUCUCGUUCUUGUGGGUCAGCCAAGCAUCAUGUGGGUUAUUCCUUGCGCUCGUGUUCAGCAUUGGACACAACGGCAUGGCCGUGUACGAUCGCGCCGACAAGCCCGACUUCUGGAAGCUCCAGGUGCUCACCACGCGCAACAUCUCGCCGACGUUCCUCGUGGACUGGUUCUGCGGCGGACUCAACUACCAGGUGGACCACCACUUGUUCCCGACCGUGCCCCGUCAUAACCUGGCGCAGCUCAACGUGCUUGUCAAGUCCUUGUGCAAGCAGUUCGCGGUGCCGUACCACGAGACGGGCUUCUGGGCCGGCCUCGGCGAAGUCGUGGACCAUCUCAAGGACGUGUCCAACGAGUUCAUCCGUGAAUUCCCUGCCAUGUAAGAACGCGCUCCUGGUGCCUACUACGACAACCGAUGUAACUAAUCAACGUUGACGACAUUCGGUUUAGUUAUUGCGUACUACUAACGUUAAUACUAAGCUGUAAAACCA